CCAAAGUGCUGGGAUUACAGGCGUGAGCCACCGCGCCCAGCUCCUUAGCACGUUUUAAAAAUAAAAAGGGCAGCGUUUUACAGGAAUCUGUCUCUCCCAUUGUUGCAGAAACAUCCAGCUGAUCGCACUUUUUCUUCUUUCUUCCCUCGCCAACUCGUAACUCAUCUCAAGUUCACCCACAGGUCUAGUGACUCCGGCUGGCUGCUGCGGGGUGAGGAGACUCGCAGAGUGCCUGACUAGAGGCCGCCCGCGCGCUCGGGAUGGUGGCUGUAUCUUCAGGGUCUGGGCCCCGGAGCCGCAGUCCUGAGCAGAGCGCCUGGAGCCGCGAGCAGCCAGCAGCCCGGCGAACCGCACAGCCUCGGCGAUAGUCCGCUCCGCGGCCUCUGCUCCCGCCCCUCCCCUCAGCUCCGGGAAGGGGCGGAGACGAGGAGGAGCUGGGGCGGCCGCCGCGCUCCCGGGCGCACCAGGCCCUUUAAAAGCCGCGGGUCUUGACAGCUGUGCUGGCAGCCGCCGCGGUCCCGGACUCCUGGUCCCGCACUCCCCGCUGGCUAGCCGGCUCCGGGUGCGGCGAGGCCCAGUCCGCUUGGCUUGCGCGCCGGACCGCGGGACGCGCUCCAUGCGGCCGCUCAGCAUGUCGGGGCACUUUCUGCUCUCACCCAUCCCCGAGUCCUCCUCGGACUACCUCCUGCCCAAGGACAUCAAACUGGCGGUGCUGGGCGCCAGCCGCGUGGGCAAGAGUGGUGAGUGCGGCGGGGACCCCGCGGCGGCUUCGCUCCCCGGCUCCGACCGCGACCACUGGGGGCGCUGCGGACGGAGAAAGGGAGCUUCGGCCGAAGCAGAGGGCCGGGGGCCAGCAAUGAUCGUGCGCUUCCUGACCAAGAGAUUCAUUGGCGACUAUGAACCGAAUACAGGCAAGCUGUAUUCACGUCUGGUCUACGUUGAGGGGGACCAGCUCUCCCUGCAGAUCCAGGAUACUCCCGGGGGCGUCCAGAUCCAAGACAGCCUCCCCCAGGUCGUCGAUUCCCUGUCCAAAUGCGUGCAGUGGGCCGAGGGCUUUUUACUGGUCUAUUCCAUCACAGACUACGACAGCUACUUGUCCAUCCGACCCCUUUAUCAGCACAUCCGGAAGGUCCACCCUGACUCUAAAGCCCCUGUCAUCAUUGUGGGCAACAAGGGGGACCUUUUGCAUGCCCGGCAGGUGCAGACACAGGACGGUAUUCAGCUAGCCAAUGAGCUGGGCAGCCUGUUCCUUGAAAUUUCCACUAGCGAAAACUAUGAAGAUGUCUGUGAUGUGUUUCAGCAUCUCUGCAAAGAAGUAAGCAAGAUGCACGGCCUCAGUGGGGAAAGAAGAAGAGCCUCCAUCAUCCCUCGGCCCCGCUCUCCCAAUAUGCAGGACCUGAAGAGACGCUUCAAGCAGGCUCUGUCUCCCAAAGUCAAAGCCCCCACUGCACUGGGGUGAACUAUCUCAGACAGAUGCCUCUCCUUUUUAAUAUGCAUUUGUGCAGCUAAAAGACUGGGCUUCUUCCUUUUUAAUCACACAUUCAGAGUUUAUUUUUAUAAAAAGAUUGAUUUUCAAGUACAUGUGUAUUUCUGAAAAUUCAGUGAUUGCCUAGAAGCUGGAUAAAAUUUUGUUUUGUUAAAAGAACUUUUUUUUUUUUUUUUUUUACUGUAACCACUGGCCACUUUUCCAUUAAAGGCAAAAUGGCAACAUUG